UAUAUAUCCAUUUGAUGGAUAUAAUCUGUAUAGAAACGCUAUAAAGUCUCUAUUAGUAUUUCAUCUUUAUGGCUUUUUCAUCUAUAUUAACAACAAAUAAAGCCCAUAUGGCUUCCCCAUUGCUGAUACUUGGGUUGUUAUCCAGCCUCGUAAUAUCAGGUGUACAAUCAAUUGGAGUUUGCUAUGGAAGAAAUGGAAACAAUUUACCACCUGCAAGUGAAGUUGUACAACUCCUCAAAAGCAAUGGAAUUACAGGGGUGAGAAUCUACGAACCAAACCAGCCAACUCUCCAAGCCCUCAAGGGAUCAAACAUUGAAGUCACCAUCGGCAUCCUCAACCAGAACCUACAGCCCCUUACCAAUCCUGCAACCGCAACAGAAUGGGUCCAAAACAAUGUCAGAGCCUACUCGCCCGAUGUCAAAUUCCGGUACAUCGCAGUCGGGAACGAAGUCCAUCCUGGAAAUGAAGCAACCAACCAUCUCCUCCCUGCCAUCCAGAACAUCCACAAUGCAAUCAAAGCAGCAAACUUGCAGGACCAAAUCAAAGUGUCAACAGCAAUCGACACAACUUUGUUGGCCAACACCUUUCCGCCAUCGAAUGCGGAAUUCAGCGGACCAGCAAGUUCAUUCAUCAAACCAAUCAUCACAUUCCUAGCCAACAAUGGCUCACCUUUACUAGCCAAUAUCUACACCUACUUCGGCCGCGUCGAUACCCCGAAUGAUAUCAGCCUUCCCUAUGCCUUGUUCACUUCACCGGGAGUCGUUUUCCAAGACCAAAACACGAAACUCGAUUACCGGAAUUUGUUCGAUGCUCUGCUCGAUUCUCUGUACACUGCUCUUGAGAAAGCAGGGGCACCAAACUUGCAGGUUGUGGUAUCGGAGAGCGGUUGGCCGUCAGCAGGUGGUACUGAAGCAAGUGUUGAGAACGCAGGGACUUAUUAUAAGAAUUUCAUAAACCAUGUGAAAAAUGGGACUCCAAAGAAAAAGGGAGCGAUUGAAGCUUAUCUUUUUGCAUUGUUUGAUGAGAACCAGAAAGGUGGUGAUGAAAUUGAGAAGCAUUUUGGCAUUUUCAAUGCUAAUAAACAACAGAAAUACCAACUUAGCUUCAAUUAGAUACUUAUGGAGUUCUAUAAAAUAAUACCAUAUUUUGGUACAUGUAUUAAAGUUUGGUUUAAAUAAAGAGUGCCUCCUGUGCCCGAUAAAUUUCCUUUCA